AUGACAGUGUUCCGGGGAUCUGUGAACCGUGUGGUGCAUGCAGUGGAGCUCCGCGCGACCGAUGCCUCGCAAGGCAUCUUCGUCGUCAACGGCCUCAGCACUCCAAGGGUCUUUGAUCCCGUGGGGGUGGUGCUCGCUGAGCCGGAACUCGUGAUGCAGCGAGAGAGCAAGCAUGGCCUGACUUUGCAGCUGUCACCGGCGGCACGGCAUGGCAUCGAGAUCCUCCAGCAUGUGGCCCAUCCAAAGCUGCCCAAGCCAUCCGCUGCAGAUGAUCCCGAGGAGGCUGCAGGCGGAACCAAUGCAUCAUCAUCGCAGAGCGAGGGCCUCCAGUUCACCGACCGCUCCUUCACAAAGACGAAUCUCCGCAAAUCUGUGGACCAAUUCUGGCCUGCCUUGGCACGGGCCUAUGCCCAGGAGGGGCAGCCCUUCGUGGAUGCCAACGACUUUGUGCAGCUGGGUGAGCAAAAGCUCAGCUUCAAGGAUCUCGCGAAUCGAUCGGCCACGUUCCUCGAGAAGAGUUCGAGGGCUCACGGGGCUGGACCUUCAGCCAGAGAGUGCAUUCCUUCUUGCAGACCUUGCUGCCGAAGCGCAGCGCAGAUGGCUCCUUGUCCACGAAGCGUGUCAAGGACCGACUUUCUGCAGAAGGUCGUGCCAGCGACGAGUGCAGCGUUUUCUUUGCCGGGUUAG